AUAGUGACAAAGAAACUACCUCACUGGAAGAGCCCUCGUUACCAGCUUCUGAUGGGUUUCAAAAUCCAGUCCAGUCUUCAGAACUAAGUUCCAAGCUCUGUAAUCCCACCAAUCAAUUACUUGAUCGUUCCGUCUCUGCCCCUGCUUCAAUCUGCUCACCCAUAUCUAGCCUCRCAGAGCCUGCUGAUCCUAGAGCCGUGAAGUCUUUGGAGCCUUCAGAUGAAUGCCAGGGAAUCCCAGGAAAAGGCCAUCCUCUCUUAUUACAGCAUCUUUCCAGUAAUGCUGCUUUGGCGAAUUGUGACCGUCCUCUUCUGGUGGAGGAGGCGACCUGUUGCAGUCCAACUGGCCAUUCACAUAACACACUCAAAGAAACGUCUGCUGACAGUCUAAAGGAAUGUAAUGCUAAAGAACGAGGCCACGGUCAGGAGCCUCCUUUAGAAGUAACACCAGGAAACAGCUUGGCUGACACCGCUGCUAAGCACGGGCGAAAUAAAGAAGUGCCAGAACAGGAGGAACUAAAGAACCGGCUUCCCAAAGACCAUCAGAUGUGCAGAGAACCCCUGAGUGAACAUCUGGAGAAACAAAAUGAGACGACUGCCCCAGGACGUCCUUGCAGCGUCGCUGGGGUUGAGAAACCUGCUGUGGAAGAAGAGCAUUGCAAAGAGAUUCAUGCAGAGAACCCCCCUGCAGAAACGAGAGGGAGUGGGCUGGGGAAAGCACGGGUGUCCGGUGUGACAGGGAGGAUUCCCGUGUCGGCUUCUUGUCGCCGUAUGCACGUGGAAGUCUUCAUGGAGGUAGAUGUGGCUGAGAAGUCCCUGGUUGAAGUGCACAGCUCAGCAAGCAAGGAAUGGCAGGCUGAGAGUGGAGGGCUAUCUGAUGUCAGCCUGGAUCCUCCUCCUAUGGAGGUGGAGUCAAUGAAGUCUGACUCCUCCUUGAAUGAUCCGGUUGCYGUUUGUGAUGUGCUGCAGUCUGGAGACACCAACGAAAUUUCUGCAGAGUGUGAGUCGCCUAGUUCAACCUCUGAAAAUAGCUCUUUCCCCUCCAGCAUCCCUCAGCUGGACAUCAACCCCGGGGCAUCCUCAGAAGAGUCAUGUUUCUCUCUCGCAUCAGCCUUGAAAGAGCUUCACAAACUCUUGAUUAUCAAUCGCCAAGGAGACUGUAAAAUCCUCACAUCCGAAGAAGUCUCUCAGUUGGAAGUGGUUCACAAAGAACAAGCAAACCAUCAGGGCUUUCCUCAAGAUAAGCAUGAAGAUGUAGACCCAGCCAGCCAGGAACAAAGCUGCUCCUUCAGUACGGAGAGCUCUGAAGGCAGAAACGCGGAGCAGCACCUGGGGGAAGCACGUUGUGGUUGUGGAGCAGCAAGCGCUUGUGUCACGUCUAUCAGUCACACGCAGCCAGCUGUUGGGCAGGAUGGUACAGAGAUGCAGAAGCUCUCAGGUAAGAGCGACCUCCUCAUGCUGAACUCUGCUGUGGCAUCUGCUGACCAGCAACAGAGCUCUGAGCAGACAAGUAUUUCAGCAGGAUGUGAUAGGAACCCAGCGGAUCUGCCUUCAGAGCCCAAAGCAUCUGUUUCCUCUGAAGCUCCCCUGAACAAAGAUGUGUCUGAAGAUCCUCAGCGCUCRCUCACGGCAGCACCUGGGAGGAGCAGCUCCCCGGCUCCCCAGGGUCCGUGGCCGUCGGGGUUUGAGGAACCGCCGCUGCACCCGCCUGCAGGCCCUUCCGAGCCCCCAUCCGCUGCUCCUGCGCCGCCCGCCUUCCCUGCAGCCGACGUCAAUCGGAUCCUCCGCGCGGGCUUUGCCAUGCGGGAAGCUCUGGAGGCUUUGCAGCAAGCAGARGGAAACGCGGAUCUAGCUCUGCUCAUCCUGCUGGCCAAGAGUAUUGUUGUUCCUACGUAACCGCAGAUGAAGUAGCUGACUAGAGUGUCUUAUCUUACUCAAAUUGUACAUCAUAAACACACAAGCAGAAUGUUGAGCCAGAUUUUCUUGAAUUAUUUGCAGCCAAAGUAACCUGUCUCUUCCGUUUCUUCUUUUGUUUUUU